AUGGCUAAUGAACAAGGCCUGCUGGCGCCUGAUGUACCGUCGGGAUCUACGCCGCAAACCAGACGAAAAAGAGGGCUUUCUUUGCGCACUCAGCUACUCAAUAAGGCACUAGCUAGCCUGUUAAAUCCGUUUGCAGAACUGAGGGUCACACAGCCGGAAGUUCCUUUGACAAAUCUUUCGCCACGACUCGAGGAAACAGACAGCGAGACCUCUGACUCCGGCGUGCUGUCUACGACUGAUAUGCCGCCAAAGAUCACUGUUGAUGAACCUGGCGACGAGUAUAAGACCACAGAAGGACUGUCAGCGCUUGAUCAAAAAGGUCCUCUGUACACUGUGUCUCAUCUCAACGUGUCAAGAUCCACCACGCGGCUCACAUCGAGCAGCUCGGCAAACAGCAGCUUUGACGAGAUAGAUACCCCCCGCUCUCGGAGGUUUCUUGCACGCCGGCGUGCCCGAGCCUCGUACCUUGCGUUGAUGUCAAGAAUCAAGCAAAAGAUAUUGGGCGAAUCGGAAUUGGGAAAGUCAGACUCGGGAAGAGUGAUUCCGCUUUGUGCCGCUAAAGAACGCGCCAACGAAAUUUUUAACGACCAGUUUUACAAUGCAAAUCAAGGAGGCUACAUCGACGAGCGGACAACCGAAACAUACUGUUCGAAUAUGAUCACGUCUCUGCGCUACACACUCUACUCCUUUCUCCCCAAACAGCUCAAAGCACAAUUCUCGAAGUUAGCUAACUGCUACUUCAUGGUCGUUGCGAUAAUGCAGAUGAUCCCGUCAUGGUCGACCACUGGUAAAUACACAACAAUCGUCCCUUUGGUGAUUUUCAUGUCCAUCUCGAUGGCCCGUGAGGCAUUCGACGACUGGAAGCGGCACGCCCAAGAUAAAGAGGAAAACAAUAAACUUACGCAUAUCAUCAAGGAGGACGUGGAUUUAGCUCAGCUUGACACGCAUCUGAUUGCUACUAUAAUGACGGAAACUAUACCCGUACCAAAUUUAAACGCGCCGGGCUCAUCCGCUGCAUCGAUCGCGGAUAUCACCAACGACAGUUUUCUGAACAUGUCGUUGAUGAACCGAUACAACAUGAAGCUGUACCCCACCAAGUGGCAAGAUGUGCAAGUUGGAGAUCUUUUGCUCAUAAGGGAAGACGAGUGGGUCCCUGCAGAUAUUGUUCUUUUGGCCGUUGAUGGCCAAGGAAUAGACGCGUACGUUGAGACUAUGGCACUUGACGGCGAAACAAAUUUGAAAACCAGAUGUCCGCAUCCAGAGCUUUCGAAAUAUGCAUCAAAAGUCACACGCCUCAAGAAUUUAUCUUGCAUUCUCACAGUCGAAGACCCAAACCCUGACUUAUACAACUUCGAAGGACACUUCAAUCGGGAUGGGCUGAAUUAUGCAUUGGGUUCCGAAAAUGUCAUAUACAGAGGGAGCAUAUUGCGUAACACGAAGUGUGUUUUAGGAAUGGUUGCCUUUACCGGCGAAGAGUCCAAGAUAAGAAUGAACAAUGUUCGCAACCCGCGUACUAAAGCUCCAAAAUUGCAAGGGAAUAUCAACUACAUUGUAUUGUUUAUGGUGAUCGUCGUGAUUUGCCUUUCGGCAUUUUCAUUGAUGGCAGAGCGAUUGUUUUACGAUCGAUACAAGAGCAGAAUGUGGUAUACGUAUCAGGAAGAUGUCGGUGUUGCUGCUACAUUCAUGGGCUUUGUCAUAAUGUACAAUACCCUUAUUCCCUUGUCUCUCUACGUGACCAUGGAAAUCAUUAAGGUCAUGCAGUUAUUGUUUCUUCAAUUUGAUAUUGACAUGUAUCACGUCGAGACAAAUACUCCGGCAGACGCAAAAACAGCCACAAUUUUAGAAGAGUUGGGUCAAGUUUCAUACAUUUUCAGUGACAAGACUGGUACUCUCACUGAUAAUAAAAUGAUUUUCCGCAAGUUCAGUGUUUGUGGAACCAACUGGUUGCAUGAGGUGGACUUAAUUGCAGAGGAAAAACAUCGUCCAAGCACCGAAGACUAUCUUUCCAAUAUCUUGCAGCGGUCGCCCAUUCAAUCUCGGGAAACCUCUCCGAGAAACAGCACUACAUCGGUCGUUAGAGAAAGUAUGGAGCUCCAAUACCUUGAUGCAGAACCAUCCUGGACUUCACCGUCUAAGCCAAUUGGACUCGAGAAUGCUGCCAACUCUUUGCUACUACUCAAACACAUUCAGUCACACCCACAUACCCUCUUUUCGAAAAGAGUGACUUUUUUCUUGUUGAGUAUUGCCUUGUGUCACACGUGUCAACCACGAAAGGAAGACAACUUCAUUCAAAGCAGAAAUGCGUCUGCAUACACCCUUGAAGACUUCGAGCCUGAGGAGCUUAGUGAGGUCGACACUGAUGCCUCCAUUAUUUAUCAAGCUGCUUCUCCGGAUGAAUUGGCUUUAGUCAAUGCUGCGAGAGAAUUAGGUUUCAUUGUCCUUGAUAAGCAACACAACCGUCUUCAGAUUAAAACAUACCCCAACGGAUUCAGAGCCGCGCCUUGCUUUGAGGACUAUGAAAUCUUGGAUGUCAUAGAAUUUACCUCAGCAAGGAAGCGAAUGUCAAUUGUUGUGAGAUUCCCAGAUUCGAGAAUUGCAGUAUUCUGCAAGGGUGCGGAUAACGUAAUCCUAGAAAACCUAAAAAAUGCCGAAUUAGCAAAGCAGAAAGCACGUGAUAUAACGCUCUCCUCCAACGAUAGAAAAGUUUUAGAGGCAGAAGUUGUUCUUCAAGCUAGACUUUCGAACGAAUUAGAGUCACGGAAUUCUAUGGUGUCUUUGAGAAAUAGUAUUGAUUUAGCUCAGAGACUCGGAUCCAUCGAUGGUAUUGUUCUGGAGGAGAGUCAAGACUUGAAGAACAUUGCAGUGAAGGCCCGUGAAACCUUACACUCACAUCAAGCAAAACGUUACAGUUUGGAGAGCCAUACAAAGAAACCCGAAGCCCACAUGUUCCUGAUUCCAAGUGAUAAGAUUUUAGUUAAUGAGGAAUAUGUCAUAGAGAAGACUUUAGAACAUAUCGAAGACUUCUCAACAGAAGGGUUGCGAACAUUGUUGUAUUCCUUCAGGUGGAUUUCCAUGGCUGAAUAUAAUGAGUGGGCUAGAGAAUAUCAUGAAGCAAAGUCCGCCUUGCAUGAUAGAACUUACAAAGUGGAGAAAACUGGGGCUAAGAUCGAGACUAAUCUCCAAUUGCUUGGAGCGACUGCUAUUGAGGAUAAAUUACAAGAGGGGGUGAGUGAUGCAAUUGAAAAAUUGAGAAGAGCAGGUAUUAAAAUGUGGAUGUUGACUGGAGACAAAAGAGAAACUGCUAUCAACAUUGGACAUUCAUGUCGGCUCAUCAAGGAUUAUUCCACAGUGAUAGUCUUAACGAUUGACGAGGGCUUGCAAAAAUUGACACAGAGAAUAGGAACAGCCUGCAACGAGAUAAAAUCAGGUAGAAUUGCACACAGUGUUGUGGUCAUAGAUGGCGAGUCUUUGAGUCAAAUCCAGACAGACUCGACAAUAUUUUCAAUGUAUAUCGAGUUAUGCAUUCAAGUGGACUCAGCGAUCUGUUGUCGUGCAUCUCCGUCUCAAAAAGCGGAGAUGGUCAACUGCGUCAGAAAAGUAAGACCCAAAAAUGUAACUCUUGCAAUUGGCGAUGGCGCAAACGAUAUCGCUAUGAUUCAGAGCGCAGAUAUUGGUGUCGGAAUUACGGGAAAAGAAGGCCUUCAAGCAGCAAGAUCGGCCGAUUAUGCUAUUGCACAGUUCAGGUUCUUACUCAAAUUGCUCCUUGUCAACGGAAGGUAUAACUAUAUCAGAACAUCCAAGUUUGUCUUGAGUACAUUCUACAAGGAAUUGAUGUUUUAUUUGACUCAGUGCAUUUAUCAAAGAUACACCCUCUUCACAGGAUCAUCGCUCUACGAGAGUUGGUCGUUGUCCAUGUUCAAUACACUCUUCACUUCUUUGACUGUGAUUUGUAUUGGCAUGUUUGAGAAAGAUUUAAACCCAGCCACACUUAUAGCCAUACCAGAGCUCUACGCAACGGGGCGUCUCUACGAGGCCUUCAAUUUGAAGGUUUUUUUAUCUUGGAUGGUGUUAGCUGCCGCGCAAAGUGUGGCAAUUUCUUUCUUAACUUAUGAGUCAUGGGGUUUCAGUGCACUCAAGGACAAUACGUCCCUUCCUCUCGGAACAGCCAUGUUUUGGGCGCUUGUGAUUGUCAUCAACGCCAAAAUUCAAUUCUUAGAAACUCAUAAUAUCCAGUGGUUCGCGUUUGCGUCUUUCUUCAUAUCAGUAUUAGGGUACGGCCUUUGGAAUGUUUUGAUAAUGUUUUUGAACCGCGGGAAAGAGCAACCUAUUUUUUUUGUGAAUUAUGGCUUGCUCGAAUUUGGUAGUGACUUCUCAUGGUGGACUACUAUUUUGAUGCUAUUCACUGUUUUGCUCUUAUUUGAUCUCCUCAUAAAGGUCGCAAAAUUCAUCUUCAGUCCUUCCGAUACCGAGAUUUUUCAAUUGUUUGAAAAAGAUCUACACAUGAGAAGAUCUUUUGAGCAGAAUUCUUUGAAUGAACUACAUCAAAGCUGGUUUUUUGCGAGGGAUCCGUCAACCACAAGAAACAAAAUUUUGUCUCUUUUUACAAUAUUUGGAUGUCAAAAAAGAAACGAUCUUUCAGAAGCAGUACAAGAUGAAAGUCUAGGCUCCGCGUUAUAUCGAAAGAGAGCCGGUACCAGGACUUUAGAUAGCGAGCUACCACCUAGUUCGGGUGGCUUAUCAUUGAAGGAGGGCGACUAUGAAACUCCACAAUCGGAUGGCUAUGAGAUUCUUCCAAGCGGUGCUAAAAUGAAAGUGAAGAAAAGUGGUAUACUUGCCAAAAUUGCGAGACGCAAAAGAAAUACAGAUGAAGAUCUUGACGUUGAUAAAAUCAUCGGAGAAAGAAUGAAAAAUCUAGAGGAGAAUUGA